AUGAGGGCUAGGAUUUCGCAGGAUCAUAGCAAGUUGAAUGCAGACACAAUUGCAGAAUGUAUUAAGCCAAUGGUAGAAUCUAACCCUUCUUUUAAGAUCAAACUUGUGAUUAAUGAAGUUCAAGCUCAAUUUAGAUAUACGACAACAUAUAGAAAAGCAUGGAUGGCAAACCAAAAAGCAAUUGAAAAAGUGUAUGCUUAUCGCAAGUAUGAGUUGGUUCCUGAUGUUCAAAUAUUACAUCGUAUUUUUUGGAGUUUUCCUCCUUGCAUUCGAGCAUUCAGACACUGCAAACCACUUGUGCAGGUUGAUGGGACACAUUUAUAUGGAAAAUACAAGGGGGCUUUAUUGGUAGUUGUUGCACAAGAUGGCAAUCAAAAUAUUUUGCCGAUUGGCUUUGCUAUUGUUGAAGGAGAAACUGCAGAUGGUUGGCAUUUUUUCCUUGAGAAUUUACUCAAACAUGUCGUGACGCAGGAUGGUGUUGGUAUUAUUUUUGAUCGGCACGAGUCAAUUAAUGCAGCAAUAAGACGAAGUAACGGACAAUGGGAACCUCCAAAGGCAUCUCACAUGUAUUGUAUCAGGCAUAUUGGUGCUAAUUUCUUGCGAAGAUUUAAGACACCUUACUUGCAUAAACUUGUCAUCCGCAUGGGUUAUUCAAGAACUGAAUCAGAAUUUAAUAUUCAUUUUGAGCGGUUGAGACAACGUGGAGAGGUUCAUACAGACUGGCUUAAUGAAAUUCCACGAGAGAAGUGGGUUCUUGUAUAUGAUGGCGGGCAUCGAUGGGAUCACAUGACCACCACUCUUGUUGAGUUCAUUAAUUCAGUAUUAAAGGGCGCUCGUAAUCUUCCAAUAACAGCACUGGUUAGAGCAACUUACUUUCUAUUGGCUAAGUUAUUUGCACGUAAAGGUUGUGAGGCAUAUGCGCAAAAAAAGGCUGGACAUAUUUUCUCUGAAGCUGUGACGACUCGACUUCAAUCAAAUGAGCAAGCAUCUAGAAACCUUUUUGUUGCUGUAUUUGAUAGACGAAAUGAGACUUUUCUUGUUCAAGAUAACAUUGAUUGGCGUUGUUAUGUCGAAGAUGUUUACAAGAUAAAUGAGUUGUGCAAAGUAUAUAAGAAGGAGUUUGGAGUCAUUGGAAAUGAAAGUAUGUGGCGGAUAUAUAGAGGUCUAAAACUUAUUCCUAACCCAAAUUUAAAGCGCAUAAUAAGAGGUCGUCCAAAAUCAACACUUUUUCUGAAUGAAAUGGAUAGGCGUGAGAUGAGAAGAACCCAAUGUUGCACUCUUUGCCGAAGUGAAAGCCAUAGUAGAAGAAUAUGCCCAAAUGCUCCUAGGUCAAGUUCGCAAGGUUGA